GAACUUCUGUUCUCUACUCUACUUCAAUCAACCAACAUUGAACAUUUCAAUUUUCAACAAUACAAUUAUAGUAAACGCAAUACUUGAAGACGCAAAGGGAAAAUACUAUUUCUAUGAUUGAAGAGCUGAUUUAAGUCCCAGUUGCGCGGUGUUAUUCCAAAUCACCGAAACCCAGCUCUGUAACAAACUACAGAAGCCGUCUAAUUAUUACAAAAAAAAUUGUGAAACUGAAACUACAAAAAAGUAAAUAUGGACUCUUCAGUGUCGGCUUUCGCAGUAUACAAUGCUAGUUCAAAUCAACAUAAAAAGAAAAAAAAUAAAAAAGUUAAAACAGUGCCACCGCCCAAAAUCGUCAGUAACGAUGUCGGAGAUAACCUUAUGAAAGAAUUAGGAUCGAAGUUAAAAAGUAAACAAUCUAAGAAAAAGGAAUCUAAAAACAUCGUGAAGAAAAAAUUGCACAAGAAAAAAAAGUCUAAAAAGAAAAGUCCAAGUAGAAUUGAGAAGGAUAGGAAGAGAAAGUCUUCAGAGAGCACAGAUGAAGAUGUACCUCAGAUAUUCAAAACUCCUUUCCAGAAACAAAAUGAAGUACUCCAAUAUGACAAUCCAUCAUCAGAGAGCGAAGGCAGCUGUGAUUUCACCCCUGUGCAGACUGACAGUUCAGAGGAAGGGUUGAAAGUAUUCAAGUGGAUGAUCUCACCAUUCAGCCCUGAGGAUUUCUUCAACCAAAUAUGGGAGAAAAGGCCACUGCACAUCUCACGAGAAAACCCUAAAUAUUACAAUGAAUUAAUCUCUACACCAAAAAUAGAUUCAAUGUUAAGGAAUGAAAAUAUACAGUACACAAAAAACAUUGAUAUCACAUCAUAUGUUGACAAGAAAAGGGAAACUCAUAACCCUGAAGGCAGAGCUCACCCCCACAUUGUUUGGGACUUCUACUUGAAUGGCUGUAGCAUAAGACUGUUGAACCCACAGACAUAUAUGUCAAAGUUGCAUCUUCUGAAUGCUACAUUGCAGGAAUUCUUUCAUUCUUUUGUUGGAGCAAAUGCUUAUUUAACUCCACCAGAUAGUCAAGGUUUUGCACCACAUUAUGAUGAUAUUGAAGCAUUUAUUUUACAAGCAGAGGGCAAAAAGCACUGGCGUAUUUAUAAACCAAGAGAUGAUCUUGAAGUUUUGCCCAGGACCUCAUCAAUAAAUUUCACAGAAGAAAACAUAGGUCAACCAUUGUUAGAAGUGACGUUAGAAGCUGGCGAUAUGCUGUACUUCCCUAGAGGAUAUAUUCAUCAGGGUGUCACUAUAGACGGAGAACAUUCGCUACAUGUGACAGUAAGCAUGUAUCAAAAACAUGCAUGGGCUGAUUUGUUUGAGAAAAUGAUUCCUGCCGCUCUCCAGAUGGCCAUAAAUGAGAAUGUUGAACUUAGAAAGGGUUUACCUUUUGAUAUAUUUGAAAACUUUGGCUUAGUGCAUUCUGAUGUUAAUACGCCACGCAAAACAGAAAUAGAGGAGGUGAUAAAAAAAUUAUUUAAUAAAAUUCAAGAUCACCUCCCUAUUGAUGAAGCUGUCGACCAAAUAAGCAAGAAAUUCCAACAGGACGCAUUACCACCUGUCCUGACUGACUUGGAAAAAGCUGUCACAGUAUAUGGUGACACUGACGUCAUGGUGGAAAAUGGAAAAGUGAUAAACAGAGUAGAAAUAGGCCUAGAUACUAGAAUAAGAUUACUACGUAAGAAUAUUAUAAGAAUGGUUUCCGAAGAAAGUGUUAGACUGUAUUAUUAUGCAGAGAACUCUUUGGAAUACCACGGAAAUGAACUUUCCUUCUUGGAAAUAGAAGAGGACAUGGCUCCUGCAAUAGAAACACUAAUAAACGCUUAUCCAGAGUAUGUGUCUGUAGAAAAUCUUGAUACACCACAUGACACAGAUAAACUGCAAAUAGCUGAUGGGUUGUGGAGUAGAGGAUUAAUUAUGACAGAAUAUCCAUUGGAGAAUUUAGAUGAUGAUUAAAGUGUUAUUUGUUGAUUAUUUGUUUAAUAAGUUAUUAUUUUGAAGCUUAACUUCAUACAAGCUCACUUUGUUGAGAUUAGGAUUUAAUCAUUAAACUAAUUUGAAAAGGCAUUAUAAUAGUUUAACUUAA